AUGACCGCUUCCGAAUCUCUCUUUGAAACGAAUUUCGCCCAGGACCCGAGCCCGUUGGUGGCCGGCGACACUUUGUUGAAAGACGUGGAUCUGGGCAAGAGCCUGAUCACCUACCGGGUGCUUGUGUCGAGAAGAGAGGCCGGCGCUAUAAUCGGCAAGAACGGCGACUGUAUCACCCAUAUUCGCGAACACACAAACAUCAAGGCAGGCGUUUCCAAAGUCAUUGAAGGCUGUAUCGACAGAAUCCUUACCGUCACGGGUAUAGUGGAUAACGUGCCCGAGGCUUUGGUGCAAGCUGCACAGGCAGUGACCCAGUCCAACGUUCAGACGAUCGCAAACUCAGUCGCCAACGGAACAGACCCAACUUCCCUCAUCACAUACAACUUCUUUCCCCUGAAGGCCCUGUGCCCUACUCCGGCCGCCUCUGACCCAUUGUAUGCCGAGACCUUGAGUCUGAGACUUUUGAUUCCACACUCGCAAAUGGGCACCCUGAUCGGAAAGGCCGGCGCCCGCAUCAAGUCGAUCCAGGAAACCUACAACGUCAAGAUGGUGGCUUCCAAGGACUACCUGCGAAACUCCACCGAGCGCAUAGUCGAGGUCCAGGGAACAGCCGCGGACCUGCGACAGGCACUGGACGUGAUUUCACGGUGUCUACUGAGAGAUUACCACGGCGUCGUGGCCACCGUUUACUAUACCCCAUCUCCUCGCCAACCGCCUUACAGAGGAGGAUCCAGACUCGACCCUUCUUUGGGAAGCGGACCCGACAGAGAGGUUUCUGAGAAAACCAGUUUCCCUGGCGAGUUCGUGGGAGCUCUUAUCGGGAAAAAGGGCGCCCGGAUCCAGGAAGUCCGCAGAACUUCUGGCUGUACGAUCAACAUCGAGACCGAAGAUAACGAACAGGGCCAGCGAGAGUUUACUCUCACCGGAACAGCACUCAGCGUCGACCGCGCUCUUUCGUCUCUGUAUUCCUACUUUGAGAGAGAGAAGCAGCGUAGAGACGAACAGGUGCAACAAGAGUAG